UUUACCGCAGUAUCAGCACAGUUCUGCAUCAGUCAUCUAAACUCUGCGGCAUGCGGACUAGAUUCAGGGGGAGGGAAGAUAGCGGGUCUGUGAGUGUAGCAUCGGCUUCAUAGUCGUCACCAUCCGUAAUCAGAUACUGUCGACAGUGUCGGGUUUCUCAUUCAUUUCUUUUGGGGAAAGUCUUUAUCCACGCGCAUGAUCGAAGGCUUCUGUGUUUGACUAAUUGGUGCUGCUUAUUUGACAGAGCCACACAAUAACUGGCUUUACAGUUUAGGCCGCACACCUAAGAGGGCUAUUUCACCCUAAACCAAAGAUUCCUAAGAACCGGUAGACCAACAACACGUCAACAUGGCAAAGGAUGCAGAGAAGAGCACUUGGAAGGAGUUUAUCUGGAACCCGAGGACGCGGGAGUUCCUGGGCAGAACCGCGAGCAGCUGGGGGCUCAUCCUGCUCUUCUACCUGGUGUUCUACAUCUUCUUGGCGGGGGUGUUUGUUCUCACCAUGUACGUGAUGCUGCAGACCCUGGACGACCACAAGCCAACCUGGCAGGACAGGCUGUCCACUCCAGGAAUGAUGAUCAGACCCAGAGGGGAAGCUCUGGAGAUAGUGUAUAACACGGAGGACACAGAGAGCUGGGACAGUUAUGCUCAGGCACUGGACAAGUUCCUGAACCCGUAUAACGACUCCUUCCAGGCCCAGACAAAUGACAUGUGCACACCGGAUCAGUACUUCGUGCAGGACGAUAGUGGAGACGUGAAGAACAACCCCAAACGCUCCUGCCAGUUCAACCGCACCGUGCUGGAAGAAUGCUCCGGAAUAAAUGACCGUUACUAUGGAUACCAGGAUGGCAAGCCGUGCAUCAUUAUCAAGCUGAACCGGGUAAUCGGGAUGUUGCCAGGAAAGGACGGCCAGGCUCCAUAUGUCACCUGUGGACCAAAGAGGAUUAGAAUUGGCAAAGAUGAAUGGAAAGAAGACAGUGAGUCGAUUGGAUCCCUGAUAUAUUACCCUCCCAACGGCACCUUCAACCUCAUGUACUAUCCGUACUACGGCAAGAAAGCUCAGGUCAACUACUCCCAGCCUCUGGUGGCCAUUAAGUUCGCCAACAUAACCGCCAACGUGGAUGUGAACGUUGAGUGCAGGAUCAACGCAAACAACAUUCCCUCCGGCAGCGAAAGAGACAAGUUUGCCGGGAAAGUGUCUUUCAAACUAAGAAUCAACACAAAAAAAUAGAUACAUACUCCCUCCCAACACCCCCUCCUCCUACACUCCCCACACCCUAGUCAUCUCUUCAUUCUGUGCACAAGUACACACUGACAGAAACGACCAGCCGGAAGAACACCCCUCACAGAAAAUCUAAAACAUGUUUACAGCUCUCCGCUCCUCUGGCCGAUUGGACAUUGUGUGUCCUGUUGCAUGAGGGAGGAGUAGGAGAGGGGGAGGAGGAGGUUGAAAGGGGGAGGAGGUUGAAAGGGGGAGGAGGAGGUCGAGAGGAGUGGAGGAGUAGAGGAGAAAGAGAGGGGGUUCUUCCUGGCUCAGUUUCUGUCUGUGCGCUUUGGGAUGAAUCAUUUUCGGUAAAUUAGUUUGAGGUGAAGUAUAUUUAUACUGCAUGAGUAACUAGGACCUAUAGAGGACAUUAACAUGUAUGAUUUGAACGUUUGCCAGGAGAGACAGCGCAGCAUAUCUGCUUCCUGUUGUCUCCCUCCUGAUGGCUCUCUAUAGAGUACCCCUCUAUGUGUGAAUAUACACAAAGUACCACAGUGUGUAUAUCUAUUUAUACAGUAUCAUAACCUUAUAUCAGUAUGUCUAUUUUGUUGCACUUAAAAUAAUAAUCAAACAAGCGAAAUGAAUAACUCAUGUUUUGGUGGAUGGAGGCAGGAGCUAAGUGCAUGUGUGUGUUGUCUUUAGUGUCCUGAGAGGCCUCUUGUCUCAGUUUAAUGCUGUUUGUCAAUUAUUAAUGAGGAUCUGUCAUACUGACCACCAUGAGAGCGACGCUGUAUGGCAGCGUCAAUCUGAAAACCUACACACACCCACUGUUUACUGGGAACAUGAGAUAGCUGUUUACUUUCCCAAUAAGGGGUGGUUUGAAGUCAAGAUCUCUAAGUGUGUGUUUGUGUGUGUGUGUGUCUGUGUGUGGGGGGGGGGGGGGGCGUGCGUGCGUUUGUUAUGUGCGCUUGGAUAUGUUUGUUUAUCCCAUUUACAAUACAAAAUAAUUCUAACUGUUGGUCGGGAAAUUGCAUGUACAAUGUGCAAUAUUUAGGUCACAUGAUCAAACAUCAUUUUCACUCACAGAAAGUUUCUUACCCGUUGGUCGAAGUUCAUGACAGGCCAACCAAUCCCUCAUGUUCAUAUGUUUUGUGGAAUAAGAAGGACUUGGUAUGUUCACACAUGUACGACUCCUCCCAUGUCCACCAGCUGCUCUCAUGCACCAGGCUGUGAAUGAGGAGCUGGGCACAGGAGUGUUUUUUAAAUUGAUUUGUUAUGGGUUUGUGUUCAUGUGAAGGUGAUAUGGGUUUGUGUUCAUGUGAAGGUGAUAUGUUUUAACUGUGUUACAUUGGAGAUGGAGGAUAGAAAAGGUUUUUUGUUGUUCUUUUUUCCAAACAGUCAUCAAUUUAUCGGACCAAGUGAUCAUGUUUGUGCAUUUAGAGUUCUCCUGUAGUUGUCUUUAGGGGGAAUCUGUGACUAGUCUAGGAGUGGCCCAGAUAGUCUGGAGUCUGUUAAGUCACUCAUUGUACAAAAGAAGGUUUGAUCUCAUUGGUUGAAGUGAUUUAGCUUGAGGUAGGAUUCUCGGCUGUUACAUGUUAAGCUGUUUCAAGAUGGAUGACAGCAGGGGGGAGACCAGGGGGAAGACCAGUGGGGAGACCAGCGCAGAACCAGUCCCACUAAACUGUGGUGGGGUGGGGCCAUGUCUAGUGAGACCUGAGGCCAAGCAGAAGGGUUUCCUGUGCUCUGGUGCAGUCUUGGAGGUUUGGAUGAUUCAAGCAAUGACAGCUAAACACAGCACCCUAGCUAGGCACAGCUCAACACAGCUAAGCACAGUUCCCUUGCCGGGCAUAAGGGCCCCUCUAAUGACCUCCACACUCGUUUGGCCUUAGCCUCUCUCAGUAAAUCCUCAUUCUGUUCUGCGUUGAGCAUACACCAAGCUCCUCAGCCUGGCCCUGUUGGCCUGUACCGGGGUUGACCCACACGGCACAGUUUAGACAUAUACUUUCAUCUAAGGGUUGAGUCCAGACAUCAGGCACGUGAACAGACUGGGAUUUAGAACCGCCAGUCCUCUGGUGGGGGACUGCUGCCUGUUUGAACAUGCAGGGAAGAGGGACAGAACGCCUACACUUCCUCAUUAGCCUUCCUGUCCUGCUCACUUUGUCUGUAAUCUCUUAAUCUGGUUGGCUAAUCCCAAACAGGUAUUCUGAUUUGUCCUUUCUUUGAAAGACAUAUGGAACCCGGCCAGCACACCGUGCCAGAUUGGGAUGCUAACCCUAACCUCUGCACUGCCCGCUCAUGGCUUCAGCACAGACUACACUGUGUGAUCAAGUGAGAAUAUAGGACCGUUUACAACAUUCCCUUUUUCAACCAAAGAUGCUCAUGAGAGUUCUGACUGCAUGACGUCCUGGUCCUGGUUCUGGUCCUGGUCCUAGUCCUGGUCUGGGAGAGGUUCUGGUCUUGGUCUUGGUCUUGGUCCUGGUCCUGGUCCUGGUCCUGGUUCUGGUUCUGGUUCUGGUUCUGGUUCUGGUCCUGGUCCUAGUCCUAUUCCUAGUUCUGGUUCUGGUUCUGGUUCUGGUCCUAGUCCUGGUCCUGGUCCUAGUCCUAGUCUUGGUUCUGGUCCAACAACACUGGUCUCUGGGGAGGCACGUUCCAGGGGAAUCGUAGACCUCAUGUCGUUAGUGUCAUUUAGCAGUUGUAUUAUUUAGUAACACAUAGAAGGAGCAGGUUUGAUGACAUCAGUGCCUCCUGGUGGACAGAAUCAGUUUUGCUCCAGCGUCACAGAAUGUUGAUCAUUAUCGUCUCCAGUCAUCUGUUUUUCUAUGAUCGUUUGGAGAUGUCUUUCAAAAAGCAAUAUAUUUACUUCCUGUGUGGCUGUAUGACGUAUUUAAUCCUGGAAUGGCUGUAACACAUGAAUAGAGUCAUAAAUCACAGAGAGAGUGAGGGAGAAAGACUGAACAUGUAAAUAAGAUGUUCACAUAAAGAUAUUAUACAGAUGUUUGCCAACGCCCAUUUUCAAGACUGACCAACAGAUUACUAAGCAUAUUGGUUUUAUUAAAAAAGAGAUCAAGUAUUUUUUAUGUUAUUUUGUUGUAAAGAGGAAAGAAUGUUUUAUUUUGGAUUGUAUAAAUGCAUCCAGACAGCAUACUGGGUCACCAGUAAUCUCAAUAAUUGUGUAAGAAUUUAAGAUGGUUCAAAACAAAAUACAUUUUGAAUGUAGAUAAUUAUUUAUUAUUUUGGUUACAACCAAGCCAUUUGCAGUAUUGAGUGUUUGCAGUGGUGCAACAGUUGCUCUGGUCACAGGUGAACGACACCUCACAGAGGUGGGGGGGUGUUUAAGAGCCGUAAACUGAAGAGUUAAAAACUGGAUUUGACCCUAGAGAGAGCUACACUCGACCACACGACCAACACGUUCAACCAGAACUAGCAAAAGUUUGAGCAUUUCUCAAAGUUUUUUGGUCUAAUUCUGAUUAUAUUCUAAUAACUGAUGUUAAUACUACCUAAUUAAACACAUGGAUUCAGAAGAUGAAGAACAAACACAAGAAAGUGAUAUGAGACAGAAAUCAGUUUGGGACAGUCUUUCACCUUAAAUAUAAAUGGUUGAUAAUUCUAUUCUCUUGAAAUCUUAAGUUGUUGCUGUUACUGUAUGUUUACUUUUUGGUUUGUUUUUGCUCAUGUCCAUGUAAAAAACAAUAGAGAAAUCAAUAAAGGUGAUUGGAAGGAU